UUUUAAUUUUCUUAAAUAUAUAUAUAUCUAAAGGCAAAAAGGUUUCUUGGAAAAUUCUCUUCCAUAAAGCAUCAUCAGGAUUCCACCACCGAGAAAGAGCUUGGAAAUCGAAGAAAAGGAGAAAACGCGACCUUUCUUUCUGUUUUAUUUCUCAGAACUUUCUUCCUCUCUUUCUCUCUCUCUCUCUCUCUCUCUCUCUCUUUGAAAAUCGAUCCACCAGGUUUCCGUGUAUAGCCGAUGAGCUCGUAAAAAAUUUCUGAGACCCGCACAAAGUAUCAAAGGGAAGCUAAUUAUCAUAUUAUUAUACAAACAUUAUGGGUCAAGCUUUUCGCAAGCUCUUCGAUACCUUCUUCGGCAACAGUGAGAUGCGAGUUGUUAUGCUGGGCCUGGAUGCAGCUGGUAAAACAACUAUCCUGUACAAGCUUCACAUUGGAGAAGUUUUGUCGACUGUCCCUACAAUUGGUUUCAAUGUGGAGAAAGUUCAGUAUAAAAAUGUUAUAUUCACAGUUUGGGAUGUUGGUGGGCAAGAGAAACUAAGGCCACUCUGGAGGCAUUACUUUAAUAAUACAGAUGGACUGAUUUAUGUUGUUGAUUCCUUGGACAGAGAGAGAAUUGGGAAAGCAAAGGCAGAAUUUCAGGCUAUCAUCCGUGAUCCGUUUAUGCUCAACAGUGUCAUCUUAGUGUUUGCUAAUAAACAGGACAUGAAAGGAGCAAUGACACCGAUGGAAGUAUGUGAAGGGCUGGGUCUCUUUGAUCUGAAGAACAGAAAAUGGCACAUACAAGGGACUUGUGCACUUCGGGGAGAUGGCCUUUAUGAGGGUUUGGACUGGUUAGCUGGAACGCUUAAAGAAAUGAAAGCUGCUGGAUACUCCUCAGUGGGCACCUCCUCCUUUUAACUGUCAGGUUUGUCUGGGACGAUAGGGCUUACAGAGCUUCAGGAUUGUCCUUCUGCACAUUUAAAGCCCUGUACUAUGAUCAAAUUUUUUUUUUUUUUUUUUUUUUUUUUUUUUUUUUUUUUUCUGGUUAUCUUGGAUUUGUCUUAAAAGCUAAUGAAGUUUAGUAGGUGCUUAACCCAGGUCAUACUUGGCACUCAAAAAUUGUAACUUCCUCCUCCCAUGUAUAUUGAAGAUGAGCAGGUUGUCCCAUAAAUGAAUAUAUAGAUCGCACGCUGGAAUUAUGUAUGUUUUGGAUCUUUUGCAGCACACCCUUUGCAUAUAUUCUUACAUUAUGGAGACGAUUGAUAUA